GACGUUCAAACCCCACCAUGACCCCUUCUUUCAGUCUGACUCUAUGACAACUUCCUCCACUCCACGCACCCGCUUUUCUUUUAUUGUUGCGCUAAACUUGUAAUCGUUACAGUUGUGUUGCUAUACCUUUAAACCCGGGAGCAGCAUCCGUUUAGCGGUGACGGGGCUUGAGUAUAACCAGACGAUGGCAUUUUCCAAACCAAUGUGGCAAUGUGUCACUUGUGAGAAAAUAACGCGAUGAUAUGGCAUCGCGCUGCUUUACUUAAGGCGCUUUCUGUCUACUCCCCCGUAACGUUACUGCAUGCAAUGGAGUCUGUGUCGAAGUAUGGAGUUCGCCUGGGAAUUACAUUAGACUUCACUGCUUUUACUCGUCGCAAUGCUGCGGUGUAUCAUCGAUGAGGAUUUGUUAACCGCGGGGACGACGAAGACGAGCACACCGACAUCAUGUCUGAUCGGAACUACUGGACGGUGUGUCCGAGUUAUAAAAGUCAGUUCGUUUCUGGAGGUUUAGUCAAACGACCCAAGAGUAACCGGAACAAGAGGAAGAGUUUGGCUCCCUCACCUACUCUAUCAAGACCGCUGUCACCCCUUCCUUUGCCAACUGGCAGCAGUCCGCUGGACAGUCCCAGAAAUGUCUCCAGCAGCCCUUCGGUCAAUUUUCCAUUCAUACGUAGACCAGACACACGAAGGUGGUCUGUGGCGUCUGUCUCCUCUGGAUAUGGAACCAAUCCACCCAGUUCUGCUGUUUCAUCUUCCUCCUCCUCACAGGAGCUCCUGCACCAGCUGCCCUCCCAGCCCACCCCAGAUGACCUCCAUCGCCUCUUCAAGCAUUUCAGGAGCUCAGAGAGUGUGGCAGACGAAGAUGGACAGCCCUCACCUUUCCGGCCUCGCUCACGGAGCCUUAGCCCUGGGCGGACAUGUGGCUCUUUUGAUAACGAGAUUGUGAUGAUGAAUCAUGUUUACAAAGAACGGUUUCCAAAGGCUACGGCUCAGAUGGAGGGGCGUUUGCUGGCAGUGAUUGCAGACUACUCCCCAGACAGCGCUCCUCCUCUUGCUGAUGGAGUGUUGGGCUUCAUUCAACACCAGCUGGUCGAGCUCGUCCGAGACUGCCUGGAGAAGUCCAGAAAGGGGCUCAUCACAUCCUGCUACUUUGUGGAACUUCAGGAAAAAUUAGAAAAUUUCCUACAUGAGGCAUACGAGCGCUCAGAGAGUGAGGAAGUGACUGUAAUUGCCAAACUUGUGAAGAAGAUUCUCAUCAUUAUUUCCAGACCAGCAAGACUACUGGAGUGCCUGGAGUUUGACCCUGAGGAGUUUUAUCAGCGUCUUGAAGUUGCAGAAGACCAUGCAAAAAUUGGCCAGGGCAUCAAGACUGAUAUCCCCCGAUACAUCAUCAGCCAACUGGGUCUCACCCGAGACCCCCUGGAGGACAUGGUGCAGCUUGAGCACAACAACUCAGGCAGCCCAAGCAGAGAACUGGAUGACACUGCAGAGAAUCGUCAUGGAAUCACAACGCCUCGAAGAAAGCCUCUGGAAAGAGACUUUGAGACUAUAAAGCUCAUCAGCAAUGGGGCUUAUGGGGCUGUGUACCUGGUAAGGCAUCGCGGGACACGGCAGCGGUUUGCCAUGAAGAAGAUCAACCGGCAGAACCUGAUUCUGAGGAACCAGAUCCAGCAGGUGUUUGUGGAACGAGACAUCCUGACGUUUGCAGAGAACCCUUUUGUGGUCAGCAUGUUCUGCUCCUUUGAGACACGACGGCACCUCUGCAUGGUCAUGGAGUAUGUGGAGGGUGGAGACUGUGCAAAUUUGCUGAAGAAUAUGGGUCCCUUGCCGGUGGACAUGGCCAGAAUGUACUUUGCAGAGACUGUUCUGGCACUAGAGUAUCUUCAUAAUUAUGGUAUCGUGCACAGGGAUCUCAAACCUGACAACUUGCUCAUUACAUCAAUGGGGCACAUUAAACUGACUGACUUCGGUCUGUCUAAAAUCGGUUUAAUGAACAUGACCACAAGCCUGUAUGAAGAACACAUGGAGAAAGACACAAGAGAGUUCAUUGAUAAACAGGUCUGUGGCACUCCAGAGUACAUCGCACCAGAGGUGAUCCUUAGGCAAGGUUAUGGGAAACCUGUGGAUUGGUGGGCCAUGGGCAUUAUCCUGUAUGAGUUCCUGGUGGGCUGUGUGCCUUUCUUUGGAGACACACCAGAAGAGCUCUUUGGCCAGGUGGUCAGUGAUGAAAUUGAGUGGCCAGAGGGUGAUGAUGCAUUACCUCUUGAGUCUCAAGACCUCAUCACAAAACUGCUGAGGCAAAGUCCCAUAGAGCGCUUGGGAACUGGAGGGGCAGCAGAGGUCAAACAUCACAUCUUCUUCCAUGGUCUGGACUGGAGUGGACUGUUAAGACAGAAAGCAGAGUUCAUUCCACAGCUUGAAACUGAAGACGACACAAGCUACUUUGACACACGUUCUGACCGUUACCAUCACUCUGAGGAGGACGAUGAGACCAACGAUGAUGAAUCUUAUCAGGACAUCAAGUUCUCUUCCUGCUCGCAUCGCUUCAGCAAGGUGUACAGUAGCACCGAGCAGCUGGCUUCUCCCUCCAACUUGAGCCUGUCCUCCUCUGAGCGGAGCUGCAGUGAGGAGAAGGAGGACCGGUGGGACGGUCAUUCAAUGCUGUCUCCAGUAGAAACCCUUAGACAGCUUCCAAGCAGCGACAGGAAACAGGAUUCCCACAGGGGCAGUCCAAGUCCGAGGCCGAGAGCAUCAUCCAGUUCCUCUCAGCCUGAGAGGGGCACUAGUCCUCUAAUUUUGAACAGCACUCAGAGCCUUGAGGCCAUGCCACACUUUGCCUUUCCUGAGGAUGAGGAAGGUCUUGUCUCAAAUCUCCGGCGAAUUCGUCUGCGCAGUAACUCCACUGGAACAAGACCUACUAAUCGCAGAGACCACAAGGGUCCGCGUCGCCUCGGGCUCCAGCAGGAGACCCCAGAGAAGCCACGCUCACCAUUUACAUGCAAAGUCCCUAAGUCUGCAUCCGUGUCUGGCCUUUCCCUCAUCGUCACAGCAGAUGACAUCCCUGGUGGGCUCCAGACAAGCCCCAUGUCUUCACACUCACUCUCAUCCAACCCUUCAUCUCGGGAUUCUUCCCCCAACCGAGACCUCUCUCUCAACGUAAGCAGUCUUCGUCCUCCUGUGGUCAUCCACAGCUCUGGGAGGAAGUACGGCUUUGCGCUUCGUGCCAUUCGGGUCUACAUGGGCGACACUGAUGUCUACACAGUGCACCACAUGGUUUGGAGCGUUGAAGACGGCAGUCCUGCUCACGAGGCCGGGCUGAGGGCUGGUGACCUCAUCACUCAUGUGAAUGGAGAGUGUAUCCAGGGUCUGGUGCACACUGAUGUGGUGGAGCUUCUGCUGAAGAGUGGCAGUAAAGUGACUCUGCAGACGACUCCUCUUGAGAAUACGUCCAUUAAAAUCGGGCCUGCGAGAAAGACCAGCUCAAAGGGGAAGAUGGCACGACGCAGUAAAAAGAGCAAAAGAAAAGAGGGUCAAGACAGCAAACGGCGAAAUCUUUUGAAGAAGCUGCCCAAACACAGUCCGGGGAUUCAGAACAGUCGCAGUUUCUCAGCAGGUUUUCAGCACUCACCUAACGACAGCCUGUCUGACUCUCCGACGCCGAGCCUGUCUCCUGGGCCCAACACCCCGUGCAGAAGCCCAGCUCCAGACCUGUCAUGUGAUUCAAACUCUCCACAGAGUUCUUCACCCUGCUCAAGCUCUCCAAAUUCACCCAUCCCUCAAAGUCGCCCAAGUUCCCUUCACGUUUUGGGAUCCAAGAUUGGCCUCCGCUAUAGCAAAGCAGGCCGCUGCAAGUCCACCAACAGUAUUCCCCCCUCUCCCCUCGCCUGCAAUCCCUCCUCACAGCCUCUGUCUCCACAGUGUUCUCCAUCUUCCCUCGCCGGAGUUCCUAAAAGCCUCCACUCGUUUCAUAAUAAGAUGAUGUCCCCGCCAACCAUCGUGAGACAGACAGUGUGUCCCCGCAGCGCAGAAUCACCUCGUUCGCCACUGCUGAACAGGGUUCAUUCAUCUGAGCGGCCCUCCGGUGCCCAACAUGGAGACAAAAAGGCCUUCUCCACUCGAAGACACACCGUGGAAGUUCCCCAGAGUGAAGCUGAGGGACUCGAGUCACAAACUAGUGACAUUGCCUCAGGUUUUGUGUGUGUCGGUGACCAUGCUAGACAAGGGUUAUACCUGGCUGGCCAACGAGCGAGGGACUCCGGUGGUGUGGUUAUGAGGAAGCUAAACUUGUCUGAGAGACGAGAUUCAUUUAAGAAGCAGGAAGCUGUUCAGGAGGUCAGCUUUGAUGACUCUGAUGACAAGGAGGUCACAACAUCUACACCAGUGCCAUCUCAUCCACGUUUCAAAGCUGCAUGGAUCAGCACAACACAGGCGGAUGGAAGCUCUGAGACUUCAGCGAGGAAAACCGACGAGCUUGGAUCCAAGCUGAAAGAACAGAAGAAACCAGAGGAUGGCUGUUAGCCUUAGAAAAGUCCAAAAAACUGUGAGACUCAGAUGUACGGGUGCUUCCAUUAUCAUUAAAAUCAUAAUCAUAAAUGAGAGAAAAGACAGGAGUAGGAAGUUUUUUGUUUAGUGUCAUUUAUUUGUAAGUUAGAAGUCAUUCACCUGCCAAACUGUCUUUUAAAUGGAUUUUUGUAAUCAUGAAAAUUCUGUAAAAUGAAAAUUGAAAAAAAAAGAAAAUUCUGUAAUCAUUUUUUCAGACUCAUAUUGUUGUAAACCUGAAUAACUUACUUUCUGCUGUAGAACAUAAAAAAAAAUGUCUGUGUUGUUUUGGACCCCAUUGACUUUCAUUGUAUGGACAAAAGCCGUCUUAAAGGGACAGUUCACCCAAAAAUGUCAUCAUUUACUCACUCGUUCCAAACCUGUAUGAGUUUUUCUUAUGUUGAAAAUAGAAGAUAUUUUGAAGAAUGCUGGUAAUCAAACAGUUGAUGGUCCCCAUAGUUUUUUUUUUUCCCAACCAUGGAAGUCAAAGGGGACCAACAACUGUUUGGUCCUUCAAAAUUCUUCAAAAUAUCAUCUUUUGUGUUCAACAUAAGAAAGAGAAAUGAUGACAAAAUGUUCAUUUUGGGGCGAACUAUUCCUUUAAAAUAUUGUUGGCAUUUGUGUUCCACCAAAGAAAGCCAUGCAGGUUUGGAACGAUGAGUAAAUGAUGACAGGAUUUUCAUUUUCGGGUUGAUUUAUCCCUUUAAGAAUUUGUUUUACCAGGUAGCACAAUGAACUUUUGUAGAUUUUGAAAUAUUUUAUUUAUUACAUUUGUUUUAUACAAGACGGGAAUAGAAAGGUCAUACAGUAGGAUCGCUUUCUGAGAAUUUGCACAUAUGUGUUCCUGCUGAGGGUCAAUUACUGUUUUUUUUUUUUUUGUUUUUUUUUGUUGUUUUCCAUUUUCAUAUCUCAUAAAUAAUAUUGUCAUGUAAUGUCAACAAAAUGUAGUUAUUAUAUGUUGACUAAUAUUAUUUUUGCCAUUUUGCAAAUUUGGAUGUAUAAGAAAUGAGUCUUGUGUUUAUUCAGUCACACCCAAUAAUAUUCCAGCACCUAAAUAAUGACUUUUAAGAAGCCAUUUAGCCAAUGUUGGCAUUGUAGAGUAUCAUGUUUACCUGAGCAUACUUGUUCUCGUUACUUAGAAAGAACAAAAUGGAUUAUGAAUACUAAUUUGGUGACAACCUUUUAUUUAUAAUGUUUUGGAUUUGGUAUGUGUUCUAGCAGUGUUGUACAACUGAAAUCAUAUGUAAUCCUUAACAAAUGGUGGUUGUGUCUUUUAGUGUUUUGUGGAAAUGCCUGUUCUCGUGAAUUCACACAACAGCCGUAUGGCAUGUUUUUGUGAGUACCCUAUAUAAAUGCCAUAGUUUAAAUCUGCACUGUAGCCUUCUGAAGUGUUGACAUCUGCUUGUUUGGUUACACAGAAAUGAUUCAGUUACGAGUAACAUGAGCUUUCUAUGUAAUGGUUUGCUUAAACUGGAUUGCUUCCUCAUUCAUUAAUCAAAACUAAGGAAACAGAAGACGAAGUUUAGAUACUUGCACUCCCAGUCUGACUUGUCUUUCUCUUCUUCUGUACUUCAGAUUUGUGUGGCACUAUUUCCUUGAGUUCACAUACUACCUUCAAUUACUUUUGUAUGGUACUGUAGUGUUUUGUUUUAAGUUGAAUUUGUAUAGUUGAUCCAGUUCUUUCCACAGCCAUGGACUCAAAAAGAUCCUAGACUCUCAACUAAAUCCACUCACGCUCAAUGUAUUUGUAAAGUUUGGAUUUAACCAUGAUUAAAUGUGUACAUAAUUGCUGAUAAUCAUA